AUGGCUUUCGGAAAGCUCUACGGUCUCCCUGACAACCCUCGCACCAUCUCCAUCCUCGUCGCCGCUAAGGCGAACGACGUGGACCUGGAGCUGGUUGAGACCCAGGCCAACGCCAACGCUGACUUCAACAAGUCCGCCGAGUACACCAGAAUCAACCCCGUUGGCAAGAUCCCCGCCUUCGAGGGUGCCAACGGCUACACUCUGUCUGAGGCCAUUGCCAUCGCUGUCUACGUCACCUCCCAGAACGAGAAGACCACCCUCCUGGGCAAGACCAAGCAGGACUAUGCUUCCAUCCUCCGCUGGCUGUCCUUCGGCAACACGGAGAUCCUCCCCCGUAUGGCUGGCUGGUACCGUCCCCUCAUGGGUCUCGAUGCCUACAACAAGAAGAACGUCGAGGAUGCCUCCAAGGCUGCCCUGAAGAACCUCGGUGUCCUGAACACCUACCUCACUGCCAACACCUACCUCGUUGGCGAGCGCAUCACCCUGGCUGAUCUCUUCGUCGCCUCCCUCCUCACUCGUCCCUUCGCUACCGUCGUGGACAAGAAGGUCCGUGAUGAGCACCCUGCCGUGACCCGUUGGUACAAGACCAUCGUCAACCAGCCUGCCUUCAAGGCGGUUGUCCCCAGCCCCGUCUUCGUCGAGGAGUGCAUCAAGUACACUCCCCCCAAGAAGGAGGAGAAGCCCAAGAAGGAGGCCGCCCCCGCUGCUGCUGCUGCCCCCGCCCCCGCUGCUGAGGAGCCCAAGAAGCCCAAGCACCCCCUGGAGGCUCUCGGCAAGCCUGAGUUCGUCCUUGACGAGUGGAAGCGCCAGUACUCCAACGAGGACACCCGUCCCGUUGCCCUCCCCUGGUUCUGGCAGAACUACAAGCCCGAGGAGUACUCCCUCUGGGCCGUCGACUACAAGUACGACAGCGAGCUGAAGCUCACCUUCAUGGCCAACAACCUGAUUGGUGGCUUCCACGCUCGUCUGGAGGGCUCUCGUAAGUACCUCUUCGGUGCCCAGUCCGUCUACGGUACCAACUACGACUGCGUCAUCCGCGGUGUCUUCCUCGUCCGUGGCCAGGAGCACGUUCCCGCCUUCGAUGUCGCUCCCGACUGGGAGAGCUACGACUUCAAGAAGCUCGACCCCUCCAAGGAGGAGGACCGCAAGCUCGUUGACGACAUGUGGGCCUGGGAUGUCCCCGUCACCGUCAACGGCAAGGAGUACCCCUGGGUUGACGGCCACGUCUUCAAAUAA